AUGUCCGAAGGAACUAGAAGCCAAAGCCUGUUACGCCGAGUCAUCGAGGCCGCUUUGUUUCGUGAAGACAGGACACCCCCACCUAUGGCUGCUCAUGCUGCCGCCGCUGCUCAGCGUACCAACAGUGGGCCGUAUGUGUUUGCAGGAAAUGGUGCUCCAGAUUUGGAACAGGGGAAGCAGUUUGGCAGUUUGACCAGCAACCCCGACCAUCUCAUCCCACCAAACGACAAACUUCUCAUUUUUCGCGCCCUGACCGGUAUCGACAGCGUUCCUGCUCUCACACAAGGCGGACAUCUUCUUCGAACCGCUCCCAAUGUCGGCAUCUACACACGUGUUGUGACCAACGAGGGCAAAGCUCGCCGUGCCUACACCAUUUUCAAUUACCUCAUCAACGCCUGUUUGGGCAUUCAAAUCAUUGUCGCUGCGGCGUUGACAGCCCUCGGUGCUGCCAGUGGUCCCCACUCGGCCAUCACUGCCUUCGGCGCCAUCAACACCAUCAUGGCCGGCAUCUUGACCUACUUGCGCGGCUCGGGGCUCCCAGACCGCCUGAAGAGCUACCAGAACAAGUGGAAGAAUAUCCGCGAAUAUAUUGAGCAACGCGAGCGCGAGUUUUGUUUGGUGGGCUGUGAUCUAGACGUUCAAGAGGAAGUCUUUAUCGUGGAGAGCAUGUACCAGAAUGUCAAGUCGGAAAUGGAAACGACCAAGAGCAGUGGCGAUGCCAGGCAACAGCAACCUGAUGAUCCUCGGAUCCGUCGCUCGCUUCUACCGACUUCCAAUCACCUCAGUGGCCACCGGAAUACUGCAACGCCUGUUCGACGGUCCGAGGCACAGGCCAUGGGUGCCGCUCAGCCUCGAGAAGGAGAUGUCAGCCCUAUCAUGGUUCCUGAGCCGGUGGUGGAAAACCACUGA